UUAUGGGAAAUGCACCUAUAAUAUACUGUGUACUAUUUAAUGUGUUGCCGCGCGAGAAAUCUGCCGGUGGCCAAUUCAAUUUAUCACGAGAAGAACUUGACGAUGUAGAGAAAGAACUAAUUGAGAACGAUCAAUUAAAUAAAUGGGACUAUCUUUACGAGCGACUUAGAAAUGAAUCUACCUUAAAAACCAAAUCCUCCUCUAUUGCUACGGCUCGUGAAGUUGUGAACAGAUCGAAAAAUCGGUACCGCGAUAUUAGUCCAUGUACAGUUAAACUCCAGAGGCUUCGUAAUAGCGACUACAUCAAUGCCAGCUAUGUUUCAGUGUCAUGUGUUCCUCAGAGGAGGUAUAUACUUACUCAAGGCCCUCUUCCUCGUACUGCGGGACACUUUUGGCUCAUGGUGUGGGAGCAGUGCAGCCCGUCAAUAAUUAUGCUUAAUCGAAUAUAUGAAAAAGGCACAAUGAAAUGUUUUCCCUAUUUUCCUUGUGGUCGUGGUCCAACAACGACGACUUUUGCAGACGUAGGGUUGUCCGUACAGUUAAACCAGGAAAAAUUCUUAGAUGUAUGCAUUUUUCGCGUUUUCGAACUAAAACUUGUUCAGACGUAA